GCCCGCGAGACGCCAGCUGCGGGACACGGCGGCUCUCUGAGGCGGGAGCUGAGGAGGAUGGAGCCGCCAAAGGUGGAAAAGUUCAUCACCGCCGACAAGGGAAACGGGCUGCGCGCCUUGGUGCCGCUGCGCCCCGGGGAGCUGCUCUUCCGCUCGGAUCCCCUGGCGUACACGGUGUGCAAGGGGAGUCGUGGCGUCGUCUGCGACCGCUGCCUCCUCGGGAAGGAAAAGCUGAUGCGAUGUUCUCAGUGCCGAGUUGCCAAAUACUGUAGUGCUAAGUGUCAGAAAAAAGCUUGGCAGGACCACAAGCGGGAAUGCAAAUGCCUUAAAAGCUGCAAACCCAGAUAUCCUCCAGACUCUGUGCGACUUCUUGGCAGAGUUGUUUUCAAACUUAUGGAAGAAACACCCUCCGAAUCGGAGAAGCUUUACUCAUUUUAUGAUCUGGAGUCAAAUAUUAACAAACUGACUGAAGAUAAGAAAGAGGGCCUUAGGCAACUUGCAAUGACAUUUCAACAUUUCAUGAGAGAAGAAAUACAGGAUGCUUCUCAGCUGCCACCUUCCUUUGACGUUUUUGAAGCCUUUGCAAAAGUUUCAGGUUCCAAUGAAGUCUGGCACCUGUGUGUGUCAUCAUCCUCUGAGGUGAUCUGCAACUCUUUCACCAUCUGUAAUGCAGAGAUGCAGGAAGUCGGUGUUGGCCUAUAUCCUAGUAUGUCUUUGCUCAAUCACAGCUGUGACCCCAACUGUUCGAUUGUGUUCAACGGGCCCCACCUCUUACUGCGUGCAGUCCGAGACAUUGAGGCGGGAGAGGAGCUUACCAUCUGCUACCUGGACAUGCUGAUGACCAGCGAGGAGCGCCGGAAGCAGCUGAGGGACCAGUACUGCUUUGAAUGUGACUGUUUCCGAUGCCAAACCCAAGACAAGGAUGCUGAUAUGCUAACUGGUGAUGAACAUGUAUGGAAAGAAGUUCAAGAAUCCUUGAAAAAAAUUGAAGAACUGAAGGCACAUUGGAAGUGGGAACAGGUUCUGGCCAUGUGCCAGACGAUCAUAAGCAGCAACUCAGAACGGCUUCCCGAUAUCAACAUCUACCAGUUGAAGGUGCUCGACUGCGCUAUGGAUGCCUGCAUCAACCUUGGUCUGCUGGAGGAGGCAUUGUUCUACGGUAUUCGGACCAUGGAGCCAUACAGGAUCUUUUACCCGGGAAGCCACCCCGUCAGAGGUGUGCAGGUGAUGAAGGUUGGCAAACUGCAGUUACACCAAGGCAUGUUUCCCCAGGCCAUGAAGAAUCUGAGACUGGCUUUUGAUAUUAUGCGAGUGACACAUGGCAGAGAGCACAGCCUGAUUGAAGAUUUGAUUCUACUCUUAGAAGAAUGCGACGCCAACAUCAGAGCAUCCUAAGGGAACCCAGUCAGAGGGAGAGGCAGCUCACAGCUGUGUUGAAUGCCUCACCGAGGUCACGCACUGUACUCUGUAUGCGCUGUGACGUACAGAGUUGGAAGUGCUGUUCUGGGUUUGUGUAGGUAAAUAAAGCAGACAUAUGAUUUCAAACCACAAGAAUCAUUAGUUGUAGAGAAACAAUUAUAAUAAAUGUAAAAAUUUGGUUGAAAA